AUUCACUUUCGGUUUCCAAACCCAGUGAGCGAGGCCUGGAAAGAACCACCUCUGGGGCCGAGGCCGCCCGAGGAGGAGAGGAGGAAUGGAAUGUGUUCCCCCCGUCCUUUAGCCUUCCGGAGAAAGGCUAGACCCCUUACAGGGCAAGGCAGAAGCCCAGAGAAUUUACCCCAAGGGGCAGCCUGGUCCUUUGGAGAUGGAGCUCUUCCAGAACCUGUAUGAGACCCCCGCAGACAUGCUGUCCGCCUUUGUGGAGCGGAGCCUUCAGCCCGAGGGGACUGGAAGGAGAGUGAAGGAUGCCUGGCAGAGGAUCGAACGUUUCUUCAGGGAUCGAUGCUUCCGAGAGCUGGUUCUAGACCAGGAAGUCAGGGUGUUAAAGGUGGUGAAGGGUGGAUCCUCCGGGAAGGGAACGACGCUGAACUACAGCUCCGACGUGGACUUGGUCUUGUUCCUGAGCUGCUCCAGCUUCCAAGACCAGGCAGAACACCGUGCAUCUGUCAUCAGUUUCAUCGAGAAGAGACUGACUCAGUAUGGCAGGAGCCUGGCCUACAGCAUCACCAUGGUCCCGCAGAGAGAGACGACCAGGGUCCCCCGCUCCCUGUCCUUCCACGUCCAAGCCAGGAAGAACAGUGAAGCCAUUGGAGUGGAUGUGCUCCCAGCCUAUGACGCUCUAAGAAAUUUUUGCCCGGACUCGAAACCAUCUCCGGAAAUCUAUGAAGAUUUGAUAACCAGUGGCGGCCACCCUGGGGAGUUCUCGCCAAGCUUCACAGAGUUGCAGAGGCACUUUGUGAAAAGUCGCCCUGUCAAGCUGAAGAACCUUCUGCGACUGAUGAAACAUUGGUACCUGCAGUACUUGAAACCUAAAUAUCGAAACAAAGCAUUGCCCGCAAAAUACGCGCUGGAGCUACUGACCAUCUACGCCUAAAUAGGUACAGAUGAAAGUGAGAACUUCAACCUGGAUGAAGGGUUUAGAGCCGUGAUGGAACUCCUCAUAGAUUAUGAAGACAUCUGCGUCUAUUGGACCAAGUACUAUGAUUUCCAAAAUGAGACCGUCAGAAUCUACAUCAAACAACAGUUGAAGGAAUGCAGGCCAGUGAUCCUGGACCCAGCUGACCCCACCAACAACCUGGGAAAGGAAAAGAGAUGGGACCUGGUGGCCAAAGAGGCUGCUCACUGCCUGAGGCAGGCCUGCUGUAGGAAUGAAGACCCCAGCCAGGGCUGGCAUGUGCAGCCAGCAAGAGAGGUCCAGGUGAUGGUGAAAAAGACAGGAGAGGAGGCGGAUAUUGUCGGUGGACCCUACAGUCCCAUCUGGAAGAUGAAAACGGAGAUCAAGAGGAUGUUUGGCCUCAGAGGGCAACAGCGUCUCUCCUUCCAGGAGCCGGGAGGGGAACGGCAGCUGCUCAGUAGCCAGCGGACGUUAGCCCAUUACGUCUUCUCUAAGGUUAGCAUCCUGCUGGAGACCUUCCCUCCCGAGAUCCAGGUCUUCGUGAAGAACUCUAGCGGCCAGAGCAAGCCUUAUGCCAUCCACCCUGACGACUCUAUCUAUGCCUUGAAAGAGAAGAUUGAGGAGGCUGAAGGACCUUACGUGGAGGAUCAGAUACUAAAGUUCCAGAAUCGGAAAAUGAGGAAUCACUGCAGCCUCUCAGACCUGCAGAUCAAAGACUGUGACACCAUCAUGCUCAUUAGGAGAAGCCACAGGCCCCUAGGAGUGCCCACGGUCGGGUUGUACAUGAUAUAGACUUCUAUGGCCCUCUUCCCCCACCCACCCCCUUCUACCCAGGCCACUGUGAUUUUCUGAAGCAUAAAUAUGAAUAGACCCUUCCCCUGCGUGAAGUCCUCCAAUGGCCCUAUUACCUAUGUAAUAAAGUUCAAGUUCUUUUGCUUGGCA